GCUAUACUAAAAAUGUUUUAUGUGAGUAAUGAAAUAUGUAUACAUAUAUACCACAUUUUGACAAAUCAUAUUGAAAUGAACAAAAUACCUGCGGAUACCAUGAUAUUUGACAGAAAACGGAAUGAAACAACAACAACAAUCUUUAGAUAUAUGUCGGCGACUAACGUUGUCAAAAACAUAAGUAAAUUGCUUUAUCAGAAUAUUAAAAAAUAAAUAGAAAUGUCAAAAGCUUCGUUGGAUUAUUUGUACUUAUACGAGUUACUAACGGGGAAAAAUGUGGAAAACCAAACAUUAGAAUGUAUAUCGUCGUCCGUUCAAAAACGUUUUAACAAAAAUGACUAUUUAAGCGUUGGAACUUUAUUAACAGCAUUAGUUCGUCAAGGUGAUUUGUCGGGCAUUGUGCAAAAGAUAUGUGCUUAUUUUGUUAUGCAAGAUUUAUUUCAAGAGAAUGGAAGUCAUAUCGAAACGCCAUUCACAUCAGUUAUCUUAAAUGCCGGUGAAUCAAUUAUAAUUGUAUCUAAAGUGAAUUUAAUUGAAAAGCGAUUUGUUACACAAUUACUCAAUUUUGGCACAAAAGAAUUGAGUAAACUGACUCCCGCCCAAAUUAUUCAGCAAGAGACAUUACCACUGCAAUUGGACUUGAAUACAAUCAAAGCGUACUUGGAACAUUCAAAGGAAUUACCUUCAACCGUUCGUCAUUCACUCAUGAACAUUAUUCCAACUCCAAAUGUUCAUGGUCAUUCCGAUACGGCCAUUAAAGAUUUAAUGGAUGGAUUUAAUCAGCCAGACACACCGCUAAAAAAUGUUUUCCAACCAGAAUUCAUAACCGUUGCACCGCCUAUUUGUCCCGUCGAAGAUGAAUUAGUUUGGUUUAACGUAACAAAUCCUGCAUGGCAUAAACCAAUUUACGACAUAUCACUCGGUUCAAUUUCAGCAACACCAACAUCUAGCAAAAGAACAAAAGCAAUAGAAACUAAACAACAAAUUUCAUCAACCGAGUCUAUUUUUGCAGUCGAUGGUGUGACUGCAUUAUCGAUAACGUCUGUACGACCGUCAUCAGCCAAUGAAUUGGACAAUUGUCUUGAAGCCGCACGUAUUUUAAAACAGGCAUUUACAGAGGUGUUAAAUAUACAAGAUCGACAAGUGUUACUCAAUGAAUUGGAAAAAGAUCCAAAUGUUGUAAAUAAUAUCGGCCUAACACCAGCAAAAUUGCCUCUACUUGUGGAAAAUAACCCACUGGUUGCAAUUGAAAUAUUAUUAAAGCUAAUGAAUUCAGAUCAAAUCACAGAAUAUUUUAAUGUAUUGGUUAAUAUGGAAAUGUCACUAUAUUCAAUGGAGGUCGUAAAUCGUCUAACAACAUCCGUGGAUUUACCUACCGAAUUUGUAUAUUUGUAUAUCAGUAAUUGUAUUUCAACAUGCGAAACAAUCACUGAUAAAUAUAUACAAACACGACUAGUGCGCCUAUUAUGCGUUUUCCUGCAAAGCCUGAUUCGUAAUAAAAUUAUCAAUGUAAAAGAAUUAUUCAUUGAAGUAGAAACAUUUUGCGUUGAAUUUAGCCGCAUUAAAGAAGCAGCUGGCCUAUAUCGGUUAUUGAAACAAUUAGAAAUUGGCGAUGGAAGCAAUGUUGGUACGAAUCUUUCCACUUCAUCAACGACAGCUCUAACGACAACCAGUCCAAAUACAGCCGGUACAAUUUCCGGCAACUAUGGAUCCGAAAUCACAACGAAUUCUAAUUUAACGUCGAGUAGCUCUACCGUAUCAAACGGAAAUUCCAAGUCAAAGGAAUAAAUAAAUUAUUGAUGUA